AUGGCAAACUCCCAAUCCGACAUUCCACUUUCCUCAUCACUGCAAGAGAUCCUAUCCCAUGCUCACCAAGGACCUCUGUAUACCUACCCAACAUCCCUAACGCAAGGAAUUAUUCCCAAAGCGAUGCACUCCCACAACGAUUACUGGCGACCCAUACCUUUCUACUCCGCCCUCGCAGCAGGAGCCAUAAGCGUUGAAGCAGAUGUCUGGCUUUACGAUGGCACUCUGCAUGUUGGACACGAAGAGAGCGCUCUUACGAAUGAGAGGACAUUGGACAGCCUGUACAUUCAACCCAUCCUCAGUGUGCUUCAGGCCCAGAAUCCUUCGAAUUCAAGUUUCGUGCAUGGGACUACGAAGAACGGAGUCUUCGAUACCAACAAUGGGCAGACACUCUACCUUUUCAUUGACGUCAAGACGGAUGGUCCAAGCACCUGGCCUGCGGUUGUCAAAGCACUGCAGCCUCUACGUUCGUCAGGAUAUCUUUCGACAUUCAACGGCACGGGUGUUACAGCAGGUCCUGUGACGGUAAUCGGGACGGGGAAUACGCCGCUAAGCCAAGUUCAAGAAGUAUCGCCGAGGGAUUUCUUCUACGAUGCUUCGUUGCCAGUCCUCAACACCGCGCAGUCGAACAUCACUUCGGAUGUGUCACCCAUCGCGAGCACUUCGUUCACGUCGCAGUUUGGAAUGGCGAAGAACGGCACUCUUACCGCGGCGCAGACGAAGUUGUUGAAAGCGCAGAUUGAGAUGGCGCAUCGCAAGAACAUCAAGGUCCGAUAUUGGGACCAGCCCCUUUGGCCUGUCGGAACUCGGAACGCGGUUUGGAGACUGCUUUGGAACGCAGGCGCGGACCUGAUCAAUGUUGAUGAUCUUGAGGGCGCUGCGAACUUCUGGCAGCAGCAGGGGUGA